AUGCAGAACUGGAUGGCACCCGGCAAUGACUCUCUCCCUGCCGAGUCGCUCAAGAUCGACGACGACGACGAGGAACCCAUCGUCCUGGAGCACCUCCGUGCCAUCCUCGUUCAGGUAUGGGAUGGAGGAGAGAGAUCCACCAAGUGGAAGGACGCAACCAUCAAGGUGUUGUACAAGAACGGUGAACGGUGUCAGUGCAACAAAUUCAGGGGGAUCUCGCUCCUAUCUCACCUAGGCAAGGUCCCCAUCAAGAUCAUCACCAACCGCCUAAGCGCCUUCUGCGAAACCAACUACAUCCUCCCGGAGGAACAAUGCGGGUUCCGACCUGGGCGGUCCACCAUCGACAUGCUGUUCGUCGUGCGUCGACUCCAGGAGUUGGGGCGGGGAAGGAAAAUACCACUUUACAUGUGCUUCGUCGACCUGAAGAAGGCGUAUUAUUCGGUGGACCGAGAGCUGCCGUGGAAAGUCCUGGCCAGGUCCGUGAUUCCCGAGGAGGUGAUCGCCGUCAUCCGCCAGUUCCACGACGGAAUGCGGGCCCGGGUGCGCAUGGACGACGGAGAGUUUUCGGCCAGGUUGUGGGUCACACAAUGUCUACGACAAGGGUGUGCGCUGUCCCCACUGCUGUCCAACAUCUUCUGCGCCGCGGUCAUCGAGGUCGUUGCCAUUCGAUUCAGCGAGGAUGAUGUUAUUCUGCAGAACUUGGUGUACCUGGAGGAGACGGGAGCGGGGGCGAGGACACCACUUAACCGAGUGCGGAGGGCGGUAUGGGGGAUGCUGUAUGCCGAUGACGCCGGCGUCGUAUCGAGGUCUCCCGAAGGGCUGGCGAGAAUGAUGACCGUCAUCGUGGAGGUGUUCGGGAAGUUCGGGCUGACGGUAUCGGAGAAGACCACGGAGACGCUCCUGAUGCGCGCAAAGGAGAAGCAGACAACAACACCACCGCCCCCACCGCCACCGCUGAUCAUCGAGACAGCAGGACAGAGGGGGAAACCGGAGCAAAACUGGCAGAUGUGCCUGAAGGAUGACCUGAAGAUGUUCGAAGCCGAGCACGGAUCUACGGACUCCGAGCCAUGCUUCUUCGAAGUCCCGGAAACAACUUGGAUGGAAGUAGCGAAGGUGGACCGGGGGGUACCGUGGCAUACGCGGGUACUGCAGGGAGCUAAGAGGUUCAUGGCCUCCUGGCACAAGAAGGAAGAGAAGGCUAGCCGACAACGAGCGCUCAAACGAAACAAGAAGCCCGGCAACAACACGGACACGGCAACAAUCACGGGGGCGGGAGGGGUACGGCAGGCGGACGAGACGGCGAGGAAAGGCAGAAAACGCGAAGAGGGGGACCGAGCGACGCGAAACACUGUGCAGAAUUAA